CCGUCCAUCAUGGCCGCUUUGGCAAUUUCUCACUGCGUGAGCCACGUGGCGCGCCCAGUUUCUCCGGUAACACAAGGAAAACCGAGCGGAAGCAGACAGCAGCCGGCGAUCCGGUUUGCGUUGAUCCUUCGAAAGAGCACACGAUGGCAAUGGGAGAAGGAGCAGACGGGCUUGAGCGAUGCUGAUCUGAAAAAGCACCUCUCCUCAAAAGGCACCAAGGUUCAAGAGCUCCUCGAAAACGAGAAGAAACAAGUAAACGCAGUGCAGGAAAUUGUCUCCGAACUUGGCAAAGCAGGCAUCUCCACAAAAGUUGUGACUCGCGAGCAGCUAGCCCAGUACCUGCCUGAAGCUGAUCUGGUGAUCUCUGCCGGUGGUGAUGGAACCUUCUUGGCUGCAGCUUCCGUGGUCAACGACAACACCCCAAUCAUCGGUAUCAACACUGACCCGAUCGGAAGUGAAGGACACCUGUGUGUCGGUGGCAAGAAUCCACCUCGCGAUUUGAUCGAGCGUCUGGUCUCUGGAAACUUGAAGUGGGUGCAGAGGACGAGGAUACGGGUAACAGUAAAGGAAUCCCGGAACUCGAUUUUCUCAUUGAAGAGGUCUGAAAAAUCAACAAACCUCGCCCUGAACGAGGUGUUCAUCGGAGAGGAUGAAGCCGCCAAAGUCUCAACCUACAAUAUUUCCAUCGACGAUUCGCAGACAGUCAAGCAAAAGUCCUCCGGGUUGAUUGUGUCGACUGGGACCGGAUCGACGAGUUGGUACCUCGGAAUGAACAGGAUCGAUGAGAAUGCGACGACGUCAGUGUUGGAGGCACUGCAAUCACUUGGCGUGGAUGUGCCGAUCACAAGGAAUUUGGUGGAGAAGGUGGUGAAUUCGGUGAAUGAGAAGAUCCCGUUCGAGCCAGAUCAUCCUAGUUUCGCCUUCUCAAUCCGUGAGCCGAUCUUCAACGCCACCUACAAACGCACGGCGACCCGCGGAUUCGCCAGAAAGAUCAAACUCGAAUCCCGAUGCACCAACGGAUACCUGGUCCUUGACGGAUCCACAAAGAUCCCGUUCCCACGUGGCGCCGUCGCCACGAUCGAGGUCAAUCCGAAUGAUGCUUUGAAAACUGUGAUUGUGUAACAAUGAUUUUGUGUGUAUUGUUUUUAUUGUACGGGUUUUCGGGUUGUCGUUUUUUUUGUGAAUUAUGAAUUCGUAAUUGUACAUAGAUUUUAUACGAUUUUAUGUGAUACAUCAAUUUGAAAUUUGAAAUUAAAAAAAAAUAAAUUCAUUACUUUUUC